UCAGACCGCCAUUAGGCUCAGCUUCUUCCAGCUCUCCACCAUGGAAGGGAAAGUGAUCCAUGUAGCACUCCUGAUCUUCUUCCUGCUGUCUGUGGCCAUGACCAGCUGUUUCCUGUGGCAGUACAGCCUACCCAAAGUGAAAUCCACCCCAGUCACAAUAGAGACCAAGCCAGAAGCAGUGGAGAUGUGCCCCCGUUAUCCAGAUCCUGUCCAGCUGGACCACCCCAUCCCCAUCUUGAAAGAUGCUCUGGGAAAGGUAGACAACCUCCUCCAGGACAAAGUCCACAGUCCGGGCCUCCCAGCCUUGUCGGCCGUUGUCAUCUACAACGACACCGUCUUGUGGACUGGCAACUUUGGAAAAUGCAACAGCUCCAGCAAUUUCUCUCGUCUUCCAAAUGAAUAUUCCAUUUACAGAAUUGCAAGCAUCUCCAAGAUAUUCCCAACCGUAAUGCUGUAUAAGCUAUGGGAGGAAGGGAAGGUGACUUCACUUGACGACCCCUUGGAACGCUAUGCUCAAAACUUCACCAUUAAAAACCCCUUGGGGCAUCUCAGAGAAUCCAGGAGGAUGUACUUGGGGGAUGGACCAAGAUAUGCAGAGGAGAAGCCCCCUAGACCAUCUUCAGUCACCCUGCGCAGGAUGGCCAGCCAGCUGUCAGGGCUGCCCAGGCGUCUGCGUGCCACCAGCCUGACAUGGAAAGGAUCCACUCAAGAAGCAUUGGUGCUCCUCAGAGAUGAUGUCCUGGUCGCUGAUUCAGGAACUCGGUGCCAUUAUAGCAAUCUAGCUUUCUCGCUAUUGGCUCAUGUAUUAGCUGAGCAUGCCACUGAGGUAGAGUACCAGCACUGGAUUUCUGAGAAUAUCCUUGACCGUUUGGGAAUGGAGGACACGGGUUUUGAUAUCACGCCCACCAUCCGUUCCAGAAUGGCAGUUGGUGUCUAUGGCAGUGGACAAGUAGCUCCCCUCUAUGAUCUGGGCUGGUACAGGCCUUCUGGCCAGAUGUUCUCGACAGCUGCUGACUUGGCCAAGUUAGCCAUGGUCUUCUUGGGCACAUACCGCCGGCGUCUUCUGGAGCCAGAGACUCUGAAGACCAUGCUGACCCCCCUCUUGAAGUGCUCCAGGGAGUACUUUGCCAAUAAGACUGGGACCCCUUGGGAAAUUAACGAGCAGUUGGGUUAUGACAUCAUCCGGAAGGAUGGGGACAUAGAUGGCUACUCAACCACAUUCUCCCUAAUCCCCAAACUCCGCUUGAGCUUCAUUGUGUUGAUGGCUGGUCCUCGCCCCCAAGGAGGAGACAUUGUAGCCCAGACCUAUGAGUACUUGAUUCCCGCCAUGGAGUCUGCCUUUCGGGAAGUCGAGAAGAAGCUCAGCCCUCCACCAAGUCCCACUCCCUACGUGGGCUAUUACACCUUCUCCAACUUGACUUUCUAUGAGAUCAAGGUUGGCGCCGGUGGAGGGCUGCUUAUGCAGCAAUUUGGGCCCCACGUUGAGAAGCUGAUCCCCAAGAAUUAUCGAACCAUCAAGCUGCACCACCUGGAGGGCCGCACCUUUCAGGUGGUCUUUGAUAAGGAGUUUCCAUGCACCCUGCGCUUGGGCUCUGCCUCUGUUUCCCUGGAGACCCAGAAUGGGCAACUUUUCAACUUCUACCCUUUUGACAUCAAGGGGAUGUCCCCUGGCUUUGAUGCCCCAGGACUGAACACCUACAAUGUCCUGCGUAUUCAAAGAAAGCCCAUCUUCUAUAUUUAACAGAAAUGUCACUUUGGCUGCUCAGAGACCAGUGGGGGCUGCUUCCAACCAUGAAGCUGCAGAAAGGGAGGGAAACACAGAGCAUCCCACAAUGAGCUGAAUAUUUUCACCUUCCAUUAAAAUGAUGAGUGCCGGCGGAAAAAAUUCCUUAUUGCCAUAGUUGUCCACUUCUAAAUGCCACCAUAAGAUAUGCCCCAGUUCUCCUGGUGUCAGCCUU